AUGGCUCCAGCCGUCCCCUUGGACUUCACCUUUGCAGAUCCCGAAGACGCCAUGGGAGACUGGGAGCAGGUCGAUCCCCCGGAGGUUUCAACUCCUGAGCACUGGAGCGAUGUCGGCCUGCUCAGUGCCAGAACUGGCCUUCUGGAGCAGCAGCUGCAGGCCACCCAGGCCCAGCUUUCGCAGAUGGCAGGGCAGUUGGCCACAGUGGCUCAGCUGAGCCACAACUUGCAGCACCUGGAGAUGCAGUUGGUGUUGCAGCGGCAGCAGCACCAGGAGGAUAUGGUGAAGAUGAUGGCUGCCCAGGCAGUUUCGCUGAGCAACCUGACCCCGAGCACCCGGACGAAGGCCCGGCCCGGGCCAAGAGAGCGUCAGAAGCUGCGCGAGGAGCGUCGAGCCCAGGAGCCCGCCGCGGAGUGCCAGCUCCAGGUCGCCAGCUCAUCUGCCUCCACGCUCGAGCCCGACCUUUCUACGCUGGAAGUUUCGGAGCCCCCCCUGGCAGCUGCGGAGUCAGAGGCGCCUUCCCAGCCUGGCUCUGCAGCAGAAGCACAGGAGCAGGAGCCACCCGAGGUGGCAUCUCAGCCCGCAGCCGCAGCACCACAGGCUUCAGAGCUGGCUGAGGCAAAGGUGACGAAGACCUUCCCUGCUCGCUCCUCCCAGCGCUGGUCGGGAGUAUCCUGGUGCGCUGUGAUCUUGGCCUGGAGCCUGUACCUGGCUGGGGACAUGUGGUCUCCCUUCACCUGGGGCAUGAUUGACGACGGCCAGGUCGCGGACACAACGGCUGACGAGGACUUGGCAGGGAGCAGGAACUUGGCUCAAAAUGCAGCAUCCAGGCUCCGUGAGCUGGGCCACUUGCAGCUCUCUGUGUCGGACUGCCACGGCGCUGCGAAACUCUUUGCGCGCGCUGAGGUGCUCUUGGGAAACAACUCCGCGCCGGCUGCUCAGCUUGUGGAGCUGCGCCGCGAGAGAGGAUUCGCCUUGGUUUGCGCACAGCACUUCAGCGAGGGUGCUGCACUGCUGCGUGAGGCUCUGUUGGAGUCGAUGCAGACCUCUUCGCCGAUCCACCUCCCGAUGCUUGCGGAAGACCAGCUCGAUGAGCCGGUGGAUGGCCCUGUCCACUUGAUGAAUGCGCUAAGCUUUGCUUACUUCUAUUUGGGAGAGUUCUCUCGUGCGAAGGGCGUGCUGGAGAGGGCAGUCACACUGUAUCCAGAAAAUCCACUGGUUUGGAACAACCUCGGCGCGGUGCACCUUGCUUUGGGCGAUACUUCGCGGGCCGACAAGACUUUGCAUGCAGCACUGGCCCGUGCUAGAAAGCUUACAGGCGAUCACACGAGCUACUACCAGCAGCUGGUGUCCAACAACAUCCACACGCAGCGUGUCGGCAAGACAGCCCUGGUGGUGAAGUUCGUCGACGAUGGUUUCAAGAACGACAACAAGCCAACCUUCGGUAUCGACUUCAAGAACAAGAUGCUGUGGAUGGGAGGCAAGCGGGUGAAGAUUCAGAUCUGGGACACCGCGGGGCAAGAGCGUCAUCACACCAUCACGAAGCAGUACUACCGAAGUGCUAUGGGCAUCCUCCUCUGCUAUGACGUCACGCGAGAGGACUCCUUUCAGAAUAUCAAGCGCUGGAACGAGCAGAUUGAGCUGCAUGGCGCCAAGGACGUUCAGCGCAUCCUGGUUGGAAACAAGGUCGAUGCGGAGGACAUCGCCGUGUCCCCGGAGAGGGGCAGGGCACUGGCGGAGCAGUAUGGCAUGCCCUUCUUUGAAGCCAGCGCGUGGUUCGGCGACAACGUUAACGAGGCCUUUCUCAGACUUACGGAGAUGGUGAUCCGGCAGCGGCGCCGGGAGGACGAGCCAUUUGUGCCGAACUCUCUCCGUCUCCACAACGACGAGUCAGCUUCCAAGGGAAGGCCCUGCUGUAUCCGUGAGUGA